AUGUAUGUAUUUGCCAAUAAUCCUAACUUCUUAGCAUUUAUAACAAAUCAGAAGCAAAUUCAGCUAGAUUCUGCUGUGUACAUUGAAGAACAAGGCACAAAAUAUGGCUUGUGUGAUAUUAUCUAUUUUGAUGGGUUUCACUUCACUGCAAGGAUUGUUGACAUGAAUGGUCAAAUGCGGUACAAUGACAGAAUUGUUACAGGUAAUACUUUAACAUUAGAAGACCCUUUGAAGAUGGCACAACCUACUCACCUCAAUAAAGCACAUGAUAGAUUAAGCUCUAUGGCAAUCUACAUUAAACUCUGCUGA